AUGUGCUCCAAAGUCGAGCAAACCAUGCGGCUGGCGGAUGCCAACGAGCUCCCCAAGGCUGGGCUCCAAAAGCAGCUUCGGGGCGUGGCGGGGUUUUUGCCUCUGCGGUCCCUGGCGGCCCUGUGGCAAAGCAGCCGCCGCGUGCAGGGCGUCUUCCGGGAAGCCCAUGCCAGCGGCUGGUUCUUGGGCACCUGCCUCGGCCUGGCUGUUUGGCCUUGGCGCCUGGAGCGCCACCUUCAAGCGGCCUGGCUCUGGCAGCUGCGCGCCUUCGCGCGCGCGAGCGUGAUACAUCCAGAUGACCUGCAGCCCGUGGAGAAGCUUCCCAACGGCAUCUCAAGGGCCGGGCUUUUGGAGGCCUACCGCCAGGUGAACCUGCGCGCUGCAGUGCGGCGGGCCUCGAUGGGCUCCGAUUUGGCACUGGCUCUGGCGCAGAGCAGCCUGCAGCCGGCAAUGGCUGCUUGGGCGCGGGCAUUGCCCAGGGUAGCCACUUGGACCCGGUGCACUGUGGAAAGCGCUGAGCAGAGCCUAAGCUGUCACAACUUUAGACCCAGGGAGGGCCUAGGCGUUCUCCCGCUCCAUGAAUGGUCAGAUUUUGGGUUUGGCUCGUGGAUUCGAUACGAGACGUCGCUACACCUGGAGUUGCAGGAGCGCGGCAGCUUCACUUUGCAUUUUACAGCAAACGAGGACUCCUGCGCUGACUCCGAUACUGGUCAUGGCGGGAACUGCGAGGUCAAGUGCACUUGCGACUGGGGACAUCAGUCCGUUACUCUGUUUUGCGUCCGUCAGGAUGUUGAUGGCUAUUUGUAUGGGAGGGGUCCCAGGUUGGACGUGCAGGCGGCGCCGCUUGCACGGAUCUCCGAAGCUUUGCUGGGGAUUGUGGAUCAUCCUGCCUCUCUCCUCCUGCUUUGGCGCCUGCUGUGUGCCCCCACUGCCACGUGGCCUCGCUGGGAAGGUCCGUGGAAGGACCACCACUGCGCUUUGCUGGGGGGUCUCCUCAGACAGCCCGGGCAUCACAAGACUGCUGCUCAAGGGGUUUAUUUGGAGCUGCGGACGGUGUUCGAGACUGUGGCGCAGCAUCUGGCAGGAACUGGAGUUCCCGGAGCGGACGAGUCGAGAUACCCCUUUGACAGCCCCGCGUUGCUGGACGACUUGGCGCUCUUUGCGGCCGGCCCCCCGCACCUGAGGCAGCUACAAGCUCAACAGCAGGAGGCCGACCAAGCCAUUGGCGAGUUGGCAGCCGGGGGGCCUCUGGCACGUGAAGAUUGGCAGGGCCAGUCGACGGAGCGUCACGACAUGGAGGUGGACUAA